AUGGCACCAGGUCCAUCUGUGCCUUUCGAAAUAAAGUACGCUGAUGCAUCUGAAAUGAGUGCACUUGUGAAUAUUCAUAUUCGCUCUUUUUCCUGUUCUAAUUAUAUGCGCAGCACAUAUAAGGGAUGCGAUCCGUUGUCAGUUCACAAAUUCAAAACAGUCUCUUCCCUCAAAUAUUUCGCCAAAUCCGAGUGCCAUACUCUAGCGGGUAUCAACUCUGAAGCCGAUGAUAUCAUCGCAUAUAGCCGCUGGAAUAUACCAGCUACUUAUGGGUUCGACAGAGCUGUGAAUACAAGUCUGAGCGACUAUGAGCAAGCCCAAAUACAGAAUAUGUGGGCAUAUGCCCCAAAGUUGAACAAGGGCACCUACACACUUUACGAGGAAACGAUAAAGCAUUGUAGGAACUUGCAUCUUAGGGAAACGGAUAUUGUCCUUGAAAUGCUGUGCGUCCUACCAGAGUACCAAGGAACUGGAAUAGGAAGUGCAUUUCUCAAAUGGGGUAUUGAGAAAGCAGACGUCAGUAACGCCCGGAUAUAUCUUGAAGCUACGAUGGAAGGAGUGCCAGCGUAUUUGAAACACGGGUGGGAGAUCGUCGAAGAGAUUGAGCUGGAUUACACGGAACGUGGUGGCGAGGGACGUCAGAAGUUCGCAUUGAUGAUUAGAGAACCCCAGGAAACCGGGUUUUGA